AUGGCGGAGGACAAGCAAAGCCUAGACUACAUUCUCCAUGUAUACUUCACCCGAUAUUCUAGUUGGGGAGUCCGAGUGGCACUCAUCCUCGAUUAUUUUCAAAUCCCCCACACAACGAAAGGGUAUGGCUGGAGAGCGGAAGUCGCUCCACCAACCCAUUUAUCAGGGGGUUUACUUCCUGUUCUACAACCAGACCCAAAUGAUGAGGGUUUCCUGAUCGGUGAUUCUCUGGCCAUAAGCGAAUUUCUUGCUGAGCAGAACCCGGAGCUUCAUCUAUGGCCAAAGGAUCUGAAGUUGAGGGCGCUGGCACGAACAGCAGUGGCUCAAAUGCAUUCUGGCUUUAAUGUAAUGCGUAAUGCGUAUCACACUAACUUCUUUGGCAAGUAUACUGGGAAAAUCCCCAUCAGCGAAGCUGCGGCAAAGGAAAUUAGGGAGAUGGUUCAGCUUUGGAGCAAGGCUCGAGCAGAUACGAAGAAGAGGUUGCAGGAACUUGGUGAGGAAGAUGAAGGAUUCUUAUUUGGGGCGUUUAGUAUCGCCGAUGCUUUCUUCUGGCCUGUUUUAUGGCGAUUCCGAAGCUACCAACUACCCCUGACUGGGAUCAGCGACGAUGCGUUGAAGUGGGUAGCGAAGAUGUGGAAUGACCCAGCCAUAAAGAAACAUUCACAGGAAUUCUUCAGGCAGGCACAGGACCCUUUAACUGUCGUUGAGAAGUAUGAGAAUAUCUUUCGAGGGAACCCCGACAUUGAGUACAGCCAAUUUUCCGGGGACUGGACCUUCGAUCCAACGGAGGCGUGA